AUGCACUUCCUAUCCUCGUGUUUAAAAGGCCGCGCCGCAGAAUGUAUUACGAAUCUUCCUAUUACCGCGGAGAAUUUUGAAAUCGCGUGGGCCGCGUUAACUUCGCGCUACGAGAACAAGCGACGCACACUUAACAUUCAUCUCUCCGCUCUGCUCGGUCUUCCUAGCGUACCGCGUGAAUCGGCUUCCGAGUUGCAAUCUUUAUAUGAUAAGAUUACGGCCGCUCUAAAAUCCUUCUCGAAUUUGGAUCGCAAUACCGACAACCUCUGGAACGAUAUACUCGUGUACCUUGUCACGCAGAAACUCGAUCCGAUCACGCGGAAGGCUUGGAAUUUACAGGAAAGCGAUCGCGACGAUCCGCCUACGUACGACGCUCUUAAACGCUUUUUCGAACAUCGCAUUCGCGCAUUGGAAAACAACGCAAUCGGCGCCCCCGUGAAACCCGGUGCAAAAACCGCUCCCUCCGAUCGCGUUCACGCUGCUACCGCAUCAGCGAACGUGCCGCCAAAGUGCCCGCUAUGCAACACGCCCCAUUAUCUAAAUUCCUGCGUUAAGUUUAGGGAAAAGAAUCAACGUCGAGAAAUGGUAAAGCAGCAAAAACGUUGUUUCAAUUGCUUGAGCGAGAAGCAUACAGUCAUGUCGUGCAAAAGUAAAUUUUCAUGUCGAGUUUGCAAGAAACGGCAUCAUUCGCUUCUCCAUUUCGAUUCGGAUUCUUCUUCCAUCGCUCCCGAAGCGGCGUCACCUAGUUGCUCGUCGUCUGUCGCUCCGGCUGAAAAACCCAAGGUGAGUUCUCUUACCGCUUCGACCGCGCCACGACGUCGAUCGCACGUACUCCUCGCGACCGCCGCAACUCCUGCGAGCAAAACGCCGCCCAUCUCCGUCACCGCCGUCGGUGGUAUACACGCCGGCACCUUUAAACAUGCGACACAGAUAUUUAUUUCCCCGCGUAACGCUUCUACUCCGGCUUAUUCAACUGACGCGCUCAUUCUCGGCUCGUUAACCACUUACGUUCCAAAGCGCGGUUUAGACAUUUCGGCGUUUACGCACCUUUCGGAUUUAUCGUGGGCCGACCCGGAUCCGACAAGUUUCGAUCCCAUUAGUAUUAUCAUUGGGGCUGAUCUAUACAGUACUUUACUUUUUGGCGGCGUCUGCAAGGGAGACGUCGGCCAGCCGAUCGCCCAAAACUCCAUUCUCGGCUGGAUUAUUUCCGGCCCUAUUAAUUUUCCCGCGGCGAGAUCCCCGUCGCAUUCAUCCGUACAGAGCUCUCACGCCAGCAUUUCAACACACCAAAUUUUGUGUUCUCCUGCUCUUGAGGAUGAACUUCGUCGUUUCUGGGAAGUCGAGGAACUUCCACGCCAAUCUAUUCUCUCGCCGCAAGAGAGGCAAUGCGAAACGCAUUUUCGCGAGACUCAUUCUCGCGAUUCCGAUGGGCGAUAUGUCGUUCGCCUUCCGUUUAAAUCCCCUCUCCCUCUCGAUAUCGGAGCGUCGCGUCCCCAAGCCGAGCGUAUGUUAAACACAUUAACACGUCGGUUUAAAAACAAUUUGGCAUUGGCAAGCGAAUAUCGAAACUUUCUCGCGGAAUAUGAACGUCUCGAUCACAUGCGACCUGCGCCGCAACCGCAGAGCGAAACCAUACAGUGUGUUUACAUUCCGCAUCACGGGAUAAUCCGAGAAAAUAACGCUACCACCUCUCUCCGCGUUGUGUUCAAUGCAUCAAGCGUUACUUCCAACGGGUCUUCGUUAAAUGACCAUUUACUCGCCGGCCCGAAAUUACAAACCGACAUUACGUCAAUUUUAUUGCAAUGGCGACGAUACCGAUUCGUAUAUUCCUCCGAUAUCGCUAAGAUGUAUCGCCAAAUUCGCGCCGAUCAACGCGAUAUCAAUUACCAACGCAUUUUAUGGAAUGCUACACCGCAUGAACCGCCUACUGACUACCAGCUGUUAACAAUCACGUACGGUAUGUCCUGCGCGCCCUUCCUUGCCCUUCGCGUUUUGAAACAACUCGUCGACGACAAAGGUCACCGAUUUCCGCUCUCGGUAUCCAUUCUACGCGAGAACAUCUAUAUCGACGAUAUUCUAUUUGGUGCAGACAACGCGGAGUUCAUUCGACAAGCGCGAGACCAAGUAAGCGCUCUCUUGAAAUGCGGCGGAUUUGAUUUAAGAAAAUGGGCAAGUAAUUCGCCCGCUCUCCUCGCGGAUCUUGAUCCCGCCACUCUGAGUUCUGCAGGUCAAAAGCCUUUUUCCCCUGACGAACAAAUCAAAGUUCUCGGUAUCGGUUGGAAUCCUACCACCGAUAUCUUUGAAUUCAGCGUCGCACUUUCGCACCCCGUUCCAUCCAGCAAACGUACCAUUCUGUCCGCUAUUGCGAAACUGUACGACCCUCUCGGAUGGAUUUCGCGAUGGUGCGGACUCGGAUCGGACGUGGAGUCCGCUGAAAUACACGAUUUCGCCGACGCCACUGCUUACGCUGCUGCCGUGUAUCUCAAGGUUGUUUCGUCGGGACACACUACCAUUUCCUUGCUAGUCGGUAAAUCAAAGGUCGCGCCGUUAAAACCGCUAAGCGUGCCACGAUUAGAAUUAUCCGCUGCGUUACUACUUGCUCGACUUGUCAAUUUCGUGCGCGAAUCACCCGGUUACAGCCAUCUUCCGUACUUUUGUUGGACGGACUCCACGAUCGUCCUCGCGUGGGUGACUCAGCAUCCGUCGCGAUGGAAGACAUUUGUUGCCAAUCGCGUGAAUGAAAUUCAGUCUCGUCUUCCAAACGGGAAGUGGCAACACGUCUCGACAGAAGACAAUCCCGCGGAUUGUGCUUCGCGCGGCCUACUCGGCAACGAAAUCGUCAGUCACGACUUGUGGUGGCACGGACCAUCUUGGCUGCGCCUUGAUGCUCCCGCAUGGCCUUGCUCCGACGCACAACUACCUCCGCAAGCUCCAUUGGAGAAAAAGGUCAUAGCUUUGCAAUGA